AUGGGGAAGAACCAGGAGGCCAAGAGCAGCUCAGGAGGCAGCACCGUGCAGCGCUCCAAGUCCUUCAGCCUGAAGGCGCAGGUGAAGGAGAUGUGCACUGCCUGCCAGAAAGCCGUGUACCCCAUGGAGAGGUUGGUGGCCGACAAAUCCGUCUUCCACAACUCCUGCUUCUGCUGCAAGCACUGCCACACCAAGCUCAGCCUGGGCAGCUACGCCGCUCUCCACGGAGAGUUCUACUGCAAGCCCCACUUCCAGCAGCUCUUCAAGAGCAAAGGCAACUACGACGAAGGCUUUGGGCGCAAGCAGCACAAGGAGCUGUGGGUGCACAAGGAGGUGGAGAGCGGCACCAAAUCGGCGUGAGCGGGGCCAGGCCCCUCGCCCGGAGCCCUGCAGGGCUGGAGGAGCUGAGCUCAGCUGAACUGAGCUGAUGGAAAGCGGGAUCUGUGCAAAGGGAGGGUGGGAGGGGGUUCAAAGGAAUCCUGCAGGGUGUAAGGUGAGCAGGGUGCAGCCCCCAGCUCCCUCUUUCUGCAGGAUCCUGUCCCCAGUGAGAUCAGAGCAGGACCCCCAGCCCUGCUGAUCCAUUGCAGCCCCAUCACYACGGGGAAAAUGAGAUGAGCUCCAGCAUUUUACGAGCCCCAGCACAGCUCCCGGGGCUCUGGAUCACGAGGGUCCUUGCUUUUACAUCAGCUCAGUUCAGCUGGGAUGGUYCAGCCUUAAGGAUGUUGCCCUGCCGCUGUUUGACAGUGUCUCUUUUUUAUAUUUGCCUUCCACUGGUACGUUCUGCGCCGGAGCCUCGCGGACAUGCGCCCCUUUAUUUUUGUAAUACAAGGUUUGCCAGCCUUC